AUGGCCACCUGCGCAUACUUAUCGACAGAGGAGACGACAAAUGCCAGCAGAGUAUGCCGACUUCUCCUAGGUCCGUGUACAGAUGAAUUCCGUGAUGUUCUACGCAAUAAAGUUCCUCCUUCGACAUUAACUCACACCCUGCAACAAAGUAUUAGAACAGGAAAUUCUCCUCGUUUAUUACCAAAUCAGAGAGACCUUGUUUUACCAAAUUGUGGACAAUAUACUGGAAAUUAUGAUGAUAUGGACAUUUCGCUUUUGUACACAAUAUUGCGAAAUAUCUGUAGCCUGCCACCUCCCUCUAGAGGAUGGGGUAAAAAUCCAGAUCCUUCUGACAGGUUUGUCUCUGCUAAUAUAGAAAGGAUCCAUUUAGCCAGGAAUCAAUGCGGGCAUUCUUCAAGUUCGCUUCUCUCCAAUUCAGAGUUUUCGUCUAUCUGGAAGACACUAAGACUGGCAAUUAAAAAUCUAGACAACGCAUUCAUUACUGAUUAUGCAAAAGAUGUCGAUUUUCUCCUUUAUGAAACAAUGGAUCCUAUAUGGGACCUACAUUAUCAAGAGGAACUGAGAAAACAAUUUGAAAAUGAUAGAAAGACAAGGGAAAUGCUUGUCGAGCUUGAAAGAACAGUGGAAGAUAAUACUAUGCGAAUUUCGAAAACAGAGGAUAAAGUACAGGAAAUAAGUGUCCAACAUAAGGAUAAGUUAAAAGAAUGGAAAGUUGAAUGUUCCAUGUAUCAAGAAACCCACAGUUUCCCCUCAAUGAUGGAAAAGGUAAAAACUAAACACUUUGUGACAUUUGUUGGUGUCUCCGGAUCCGGAAAAUCAGCAACAGCUCAUUACAUCGCUCUCAAACUCGCAGAAGAAGGAUACCAAGUCGUACCAAUAAAACAUAUCAAACAGAUAGAGGAAUACUCUGACUCAAAAAAUCCUCAGGUCUUUGUCAUUGAUGAUGUAGUCGGUCUUCUUGGCCUUGAGAAAGCAAAAUUAUAUUUUUUGACAGAAUGUCAACAAUUCAUUGAAAAUCCAUGUAUGGAUAAAUCCAUUACUUUAAUGACUUGCAGAGAGAAUGUAUUUAACGAGGCCCUUAUGAAUCCUUAUGAAUCCUUUUUCACAAAGGAGGAAAAUGUCAUUAAGCUUCAUGAUACUGAAAAUGCAUUAGAUGAAAAUGAUAAAAAGUUGUUGUUCAAAAAGUAUGGUUAG